GGAGCGGAUGCGAGGGCUGGGGGGCUUGGCUCCCGUGACGUCUGUUCUCGGCCGCCACGUGUUUCUCUGUCCGUCUUGUCUCUCGGCAGCAGGAGCAGGAGGAGGAGGGGGGGGGUUUGGUAGGUGGGUAGGUAAGUAUACGUGUGCUACACGCGCCGGGUGCGUCGCGGAGGCGGGAGGCGGACAGGCGAGGUCGCCGACUCGCGACCGCUUCCGCCGUCACGAGCACACUCGGCCAGGCGCGCGUAUUCGUCUUCGCGUGUAGGAAAGCGCCUCUUGUUUGACACCAUCCCGGGCGGCGGGACUUGGCGGCCGCCGGCUGGGGUGUAUGUAUGUAUGUAUGUAGGCAUGUGUGUAUGGACGGAUGGGUGAGAGUGUAGGGAUGUAGGGGUGGGUUGAAUGUGUGGGUGCCGUGUGGGUAUGUUAUCCACGCAGCGCACCCGGACAAAAUAAGCCGGACCCUCGCCUGCUGCCCUUCGCUCCCCAGCUUCUUUCGUAUGAAGUGUAUGUGCAUGUGUGCGCGUGGAUAUAUAUAUAUAGAGAGAGAGAGUGUGUGGAUGUGUGUGUGUGUGUGGAUAGAUGUGUGCGUAUGUGUAUGUGUGGAUGUGGAUAUGUGUAGGUAUGAUCGGCAGA